AUGGCCAACUCACUUUGGACUCUAGCUUGGUCUGUAUUCGUACAAUGUGACGCUGCAGAACCAUGGCAAAUCGGUUUCCAGGACGGUGCUAGCCCAACAUUCGAAGGGAUCACAGAACUACACAACGCUAUCUUCUUCUAUCUAGUUCUUAUCUUUAUCGGUGUAAUGUGGGUGCUAGGAUCAGUUGUAGUUAACUACGGUAGCUCAGCAAACCCAAUCUCACACAAGUACUCAAACCACGGUACACUAAUCGAACUUGUAUGGACAAUCACUCCUGCAUUUAUUCUUAUCGCUAUUGCAUUCCCAUCAUUCAAGCUUCUUUACCUUAUGGAUGACGUAAUUACACCUGCUAUGACUGUUAAGGCUGUUGGACACCAAUGGUACUGGUCAUACGAAUACAGUGACUUCGUUAACGAAGAUGGAGAAUCAAUCGAAUUCGAUAGCUACAUGAUUCCUGACUCAGAUCUAGAAGACGGACAACUUCGACUUCUAGACGUAGACAACCGAGUUGUUCUACCAGUGGACACACAUGUACGAUUUGUAGUAACAGGUGCUGACGUAAUUCAUGACUUCGCUGUACCAUCACUUGGACUAAAGAUUGAUUGCUGUCCAGGACCUGAUAUAGUCUGGACAAUGGUGAAAAUCAUUGACACAUACAGUGAUAACAAUAACUUGCUAAACCAAACAUCAGUACUAACACAACGAGAAGGAGUAUUCUACGGUCAAUGUUCAGAACUUUGUGGUGUAUACCAUGGGUUCAUGCCUAUUGCUGUCGAAGCUGUUUCACUUGACAAGUACCUUAGCUGGCUAGACUCACAAUCAUAG